AUGCGACAUAUAAUUAAUUUAGGCGGUGGAUCAGCAUUAUUACCAUUACCUAUUGAUAUACUCUCACUUGAAGAAAAAAUUCAAAUAAUUAAAUUACUACAAAGUCAAGGAGCAACUAUUCAAGAACUAAAUACAGUUCGACAGUCUAUGAGUCAACUUAAAAAUGGUGGACUUGCACGAAUAUCUAAAGCUAAAACUAUUAUUGGAUUGAUUCUUUCUGAUGUUAUUGGAGAUCCACUUGAAUUCAUUGCAUCUGGACCUACAUUUUACAGUGGCAAUAAAAAUCAACAAGCACUCAAUAUUUUCAAUAAAUAUGAUCUUACGGAUCGGAUUCCUAAUCAAUUUUUUCAAUAUUUAAAAGAAAAUGAAACGUUUAACAACGAUCAAAAUAUAUUUUCCAUUAAACAAAUUGAUAAUAUUAUUGUGGGAAGUAAUCGCAUUGCAUUAGAGGCAGCUGCUCGUCUAUGUCUUCAGUCGAGCGCCUAUGUCCCUUUUAUUAUGACGACCUGUUUACAAGGCGAAGCACGCGAAGUUGGCUGUCGCAUUGUUGAACUCAUUAAAGCAAACUCAUCUCAUCUAUUUUAUAAUGAUAAUAUUGCUUCUUUAUUUACUGAUAAACAAACAUUUGAUGCUUUUCAAAUAUUCAGAAAAGAGCACAAACGCUAUUGUCUUUUAUUAGGCGGUGAAACAACAGUAGUGAUGAAAAAUGAGAUUGGAAAAGGUGGUCGAUGUCAAGAGCUUGCAUUAGCUGCAGCAUUAUCUAUUGACAGUAGUAACGAAGAUGAUACAUCGCUACUUAUAUUAGCAGCCGGUUCAGAUGGAAUCGAUGGACCGACUGAUGCAGCUGGUGCUUUUGCGUUCAACGGUAUGAUUACUAAUCAGGAUGACAUUCAACAAGCCUAUGCGUCACUUGAUAAGCAUGAUGUGUACACAUACUUAAACGAAAUAAAUAAUGGUGAAAAUCUUCUCAAAAUUGGACAUACUAGUACGAAUGUUAUGGAUAUUAUUAUUGUACUUGUUGAAAAUAAAGAAAAAUAA